CGUUCUUCCGCGCAUGCGUAUACCCGCGAGUGACAAGUGACAGUUGACAAGUGACCUACAAAAUGUCCGCCAAAAUUUACGUGCUAUGUCUGGUGUUAGCGACAGGGAUGGCUGCGAGGCAUCGGCCCCGCGUCCAGCAGCCCGUGGAUGAUUACGACUACGAACCACAGGCGCAGGAGAGAGGGGGACAGGUGGUACUAGUAGCGCCAGACGCAUACGGUGGCAUCUACCAAGCGCAAGACCGCGCUGAUGAGGAGUACCAGCCAAGAGCCAUCCACCGCACCCCGCAGCCCCGCCUCAAGCAGCAUCAGCCCGCGCCGGAGGGCCCCAAGCAGCCGCCCGUGCAGACCAUCAGAAACUACAACAAGGUAAAUGAUGACGGCAGCUUCACUUUUGGCUACGAAGCAGCGGACGGCUCUUUCAAAGAAGAAACCCGAGGCACCGACUGCGUAGUGCGCGGUAAAUACGGCUACGUCGAUCCCGACGGCAACAAACGAGAAUUCACUUACGUGUCCGGCAACCCUUGCGACCCCAACAAACCCAACGAAGACGAGGAACCAGACUCCCCAGCGAUAGACUCGGCGGAGAGAGACGACCCUGAACCCAACUACCCGACGAGACCAGUGAUCAGACCCACCACAGCACGACCAGCGACCACCUACUUCCAAAACGAUUUUAGGGACGCUGAUGAAGAACCCGAAGAAGAACCCCUGCAGCACAUCAGACAGCGCGUUGUGCAACGACCACAGCCUGCCAGGCCCGCCCCGAGACCAGCCUACCAACCUCAACAAAUCGCUAUCACUCCACGACCGGUUCCCAUCACAACAGCCCGCGCUCUACCCCCAGCGACUACUUUCAGGCCACAACAAAUCAUCCAAGUGACUCCCAGACCCCAAAUCCAAUACAGCCCUGAACCCGAAUACUCUCCCUCUCCAGCCCCUGCACUAUCCUCGAACAGACCUGGACAAAUUGAUUUCGCCGCAGAAUUCGCGAAAUUCCAUCGCGACAAUCAAGGUCCCACUACACCUUCCGCGUUCAACACUGCCUCCAAGAGCACUAAUGCUCCCGCUCCCUCUAGCAAUCCUCUAUACUCGACUGAACUAGUCUACGAUCCUUCAAGCGGUUCGUACGAUACUCAGCUGUUCCAAUCUCUACCUCAAACUAAGGGUGAACUCAAUCUCAACCAAAGACUUCAACCAUAUGUCGCUCAGCCCCAGCAACAGCAGAGACCCUUCAUCCCCUCCCCACAGAUUCCUGCCAAUGCUCCUGUAUACAGGCAGCAGAACAAUCCUCAGGAGGUCUACCAGAGGCAGCAGGCUGAGUCGCAGUUCCAAAGCUCUGCACAGUUGUUCGCUCAGCAACAGCAACUUCAGCAGAGUCAACUGCAGAGAGACAGAGCGGCGGCGAGAGCUCAGGCUCAAAGACUGGCGCUCGCUCAGGCACAGACCCCACAAAGAGCGGUCGCUCCAGCGCAGCAGUACUACUACGUGCCCCGAGGAGAGAACCCCUCGUCAGGUCAAAUCGACGCGUUCCUGAGAGGGCACGGCAUCCAGCUUUGAGGAGUUUAGUGUAAUACCUGAGCUAGAUAAAGAACUAUCGAUCGACUGAGUCCGUAUAGCCAUAGUUAAUGUACAAGUGUAAAAUAUCGGUCGAGUAGUGAAGUGGAGUGAGGUAUCUAGUUCCAUGGACUGUGGCGGCGGCGGCCGCCAGUGUACAUAGCUGUGUCUCAGUACCUUAAUGUAAUACUUAGCUUAAGACUUAAUUUUAUUAUAAUUGCGAACCAUCUUUGUACGAAGUCCACGACUUUCUUGAGUUGGACGUUUUUUUGUAAAAUGCAAUUUACCAAUUUUUUUUGUAAUAUUUUGUUUGUAAUAAAUUAUAUUUU